CGACACGUCUACAAAAGGGCGGGGCGUUAUUGACCUUUACAGAAGCUCCAGUAUUACGUUACAUCACGCUCUCUCUUUAGACACGAAAGACAAGUCCAAAACAUGGGUGCAACUUGUUCAAAAUGCUGCCUGUGUUACUGCCUCAAAUUGUGCGAAUGCGGUGAGAAAUUUCGUUGCGGCCAUCCGUGCUGUAUACAGUACUGCGAGCCUUGUUGCCACUGCGGUGACUGUUGUGAUAUCGAAGAUAAUUUUCCGUUUGUGGAAGAGAACGAAGCUUCGAGAGACGGCGAGGAUGCUUUUGUUUAUCCAAGCGGUGAUAGGUACAUCGGUACAUGGCAUAACAACAAAAAACAUGGAUAUGGAGAACUUGUACGCAAGGAUGGAACCAGAUUAAAGGGAUAUUUUGUUGAAGAUCAAUUUGUUGGUGAGACGCCUCUGGCCAAUUUGGCUGCCGCUGAGGCGUCAAGUGAAGAAGAUCAAUCAAGCAAGCCUACAAAACAAACAGAACCGACUAUCUCUUACCGUAAACUUCCACCGGGAAAGUCGCCAGAUGACAAGGAGGAACUUCUUUUGGACACGUGAUUCAGAAGCGCACGUGACUUAGUCACGUGGCUUGGCUUAGCCGCUAUGUGGGCACACACGAUCGAACCUUGCGUGACCUUUUUUUCGAUAAUAUAUUUUUUUAUAAGAAUAUUGAAUCUGCGAUUCACGAAUGCAAGGCCGAGAUUAAGUUCAAAAGAUUAAAAAACCGUACAUUUGCAUUUUGAUAGAAAUAAAACAUGAUAAAAUAACACAGUGUUUUUAAAAGAAUUAA